UCGGAACUUGCUGUGAAUCGGUCGCUAUCGCACCUCUCGGAACAAGUCGCUGUGUUUUUUAUAGAGAAUCUUGAGUAGAAUGCUAGCCAGCUGGACAUGAGUGUGGAUAAUACCGUAAUACCCAAUCAUAGCGAAAUUCGCCUCGAAGUGAUAGUGGAUUCUAUUAUAGAAUGAGUUCGCCUCGCGCUUAUCUAACUACGAAGAUCUAAUCGCAAUCGGUGCGCAGAUAAAAGCCUGAUAAAGUUUUAAACACCGCCGGUGAGGAACUUAAAGAAAACAAAAGUCGCUUUGUGCAAUAUUUGCUGAAGGAACACGGGUAACCGACUUGAUUAUUUCACAAAUUGGUUUAUGCAAAUUCUGUUUGCUCAAUUUUUCGUCUGUGCCUGCCUUAUGUGAUAUAAAGUUCAAAGUGCUAAGCGCGGCAAGUGGAACUCUACAACUACAACUACAGCUACAUGACAAUUAGACAAACCAGCAACAAAAUGACAAACUGCCAAAGUUCAGUGUUCAUAGUCGUAGGCACCCUGUUUGCCAUCCUGACAGCGGCGCAAACGGCACCCGUUUCCACCACCACACAGGCAGAGAUCUACCUGUCCCAGUUCGGCUACCUUCCCGCCUCCGCCCGCAAUCCUGCCAGCAGUGGUCUCCACGACCAGCAGACCUGGGUCAGCGCCAUCGAGGAGUUCCAGAGCUUCGCGGGCCUGAACAUCACCGGCGAGCUGGAUGCGGAGACCAUGAAGCUGAUGUCCCUGCCCCGCUGCGGAGUCAGGGAUCGCGUGGGCACCGGCGACAGUCGCUCCAAGCGGUAUGCCCUCCAGGGCAGCAGGUGGCGCGUCAAGAACCUCACCUACAAGAUCUCCAAGUAUCCCAAGCGACUGAAGCGAGUGGACGUGGACGCGGAGAUCGGACGCGCCUUUGCCGUUUGGUCCGAGGACACCGAUCUGACCUUCACCAGGAAGACCUCCGGACCCGUGCACAUCGAGAUCAAAUUCGUAGAAAGCGAGCAUGGUGAUGGCGAUGCCUUCGAUGGUCAGGGCGGCACUCUGGCCCACGCCUUCUUCCCCGUCUUCGGCGGCGAUGCCCACUUCGACGAUGCGGAACUGUGGACCAUUGGCUCGCCGCGUGGCACCAAUCUCUUCCAGGUGGCCGCCCACGAGUUCGGUCACUCCCUGGGUCUGUCCCACUCGGAUCAGAGCUCCGCCCUGAUGGCUCCCUUCUACCGCGGCUUCGAACCGGUCUUCAAGCUGGACGAGGACGACAAGGCGGCCAUCCAGUCGCUGUACGGCAGGAAGACGAACCAGCUGAGACCCACCAACAACUAUCCAGCCACCACGCAGCGACCUUUCACGCCGCCCAAGGUGCCGCUGGACGACUCCAUUUGCAAGGACUCCAAGGUGGACACGCUCUUCAACUCGGCGCAGGGCGAGACGUACGCCUUCAAGGGCGACCGGUACUACAAGCUGACCACGGACUCCGUGGAGGAGGGCUACCCGCAGCUCAUCUCGAAGGGCUGGCCGGGAUUGCCGAGCAACAUCGACGCGGCCUUCACGUACAAGAACGGCAAGACGUACUUCUUCAAGGGCACCCAGUACUGGCGCUACCAGGGUCGCCAGAUGGACGGCGUCUAUCCCAAGGAGAUCAGCGAGGGCUUCACCGGCAUUCCGGAUCAUCUGGACGCAGCGAUGGUCUGGGGGGGCAAUGGCAAGAUCUACUUCUUCAAGGGCAGCAAGUUCUGGCGCUUCGAUCCCGCGAAGAGGCCACCGGUGAAGGCCAGCUAUCCCAAGCCCAUCUCCAACUGGGAGGGAGUUCCCAACAACCUGGAUGCUGCUCUGAAGUACACCAAUGGAUACACGUACUUCUUCAAGGGCGACAAGUACUACCGAUUCCACGACGCCCGAUUUGCUGUUGACUCCGCCACGCCCCCCUUCCCCAGACCCACCGCCCACUGGUGGUUCGGCUGCAAGAACACGCCCUCGUCCACAGGUAAUAUCGUCGAGGGCUCAUACAACGAGUUCGACCAGCAAUCCAUGAUGCCGCAUGCCGACGAUGGUAAUGGUGAUGACUUUGACGCAGCCGUGGGCGAUCACCAGUCCAACGACGAGCCGAUCGAACCGGAAGUGGCGGAGCGAACCGGAAAUGGAGCCAUGUCGCAAACGAAAAUGUCGAGCACCUCCGCCGUAAGCACUGUGAUCACCACCAUCCUGAUGUGCCUCGUCUCCAAACUCAUCGUCAGCUAAAAGGGCCUCCUUUGUGAGCCAGGAACCUAGGAACAAAGCUAGCCACUCGAGUAAAGUUUCUAAAAUUUUACCGCACCGUUGGUCUAAUGGUCAUUCAAAUGCGUAACACCAUAUAUCGAAUACGAUGAGAGGAAAUCCAAAUAAAAAUAAUAAUGAAAGAGCAUACAAAUUGAAAUCGAACAGAAUAUCAAUUGUAAAUUGAGCGAUCAGCAUGUGAAACAGGUGCCUUAUCAAAUACUUUUGUUGUUGUGUAAAUAAAAUCAGCCUUAAAUAUAAUGAAAUAGUUUAUAACAUUCCGCAUUCUACGACCGAAGCCGAUAAAAAGUCAUAUCAUAGCACAAGUUUUGGUAAUGACAAAUUGCGAUAUUAAAUUUAACGAGCCAUAUAUACGCAGAGAAUUGGAGAGAACCAAACAAAAUUAAAUACUGAACAUUGAGCAUUACUUUAGUUUAGAUAUAAUUGUUAAUAUGUGCACACACGAGAGUUCCUCCAGCUGUGCAACGAUUUCGCAACCGUAAGAGUUUUAACUUGACUUGACCAUAUAUAAACUAAUAUGAAAAUCAUCAUCGAGUACAUAUGAUUAUUGUAUAAGUGAUAUUUAAGACAGUCCCUUAAGCGAUAUUUGUUCGGGUUUAAUAUUUAAAACCGAAAUAUUAUUUAACUUACGUAUUAUUAUGUGUAAUUUUAUUUUAUAUACCAUAAAUGUACGCUGAAAAAGAGAAACUGAACAAAACGAAAAGAUAACAAAUAAACAAGUGGAAAUCCAGUAAAAAGUAAA